CUAGGUGUCGCUGUUUCUCUUCUCUUGCUUGUGCAUUCCACUUACGUCAUAUCCGGAUAUUUACAAGUACGGAUGUGAAUCCGGGGGCAACAUGACCUCCGCUGGAACGGUAAACAAAUAGCUUUAUUUUAUUUUUUUAUAGGACACAGAUAGAGUUCGGACGAAAACGCCUAAGAGUGGUAAAACGUGAGUGUUUUUAUUGUCAUCAUGGCUGGUUUGUUUUCCUGCUGUUUUGACUGCUGUGACCGCGGAAACUCCGGACACGUCGCGCUGAAAGAAAUGCCCACAGUGCAGCUGGACACCAGUCACAUGGGCACUGAUGUGGUUAUUGUAAAAAGUGGCAGAAGAAUAUGUGGCACAGGGGCCUGCCUCGCAAACGCCCCCCUCCAUCAAAACAAAAGCUACUUUGAGUUCAAGAUUCAGUCCACAGGUAUUUGGGGUGUAGGGGUGGCUACACAGAAAGCUAACCUUAACCACGUCCCAAUGGGCAGAGACGCACACAGCCUGGUGCUUCGGCAUGAUGGAACCGUGUACCAUAAUAACGAGGAGAGGAAUCGGUUACCGGCGAACAGCCUGCCACAGGAAGGAGAUGUAGUGGGUGUUUCAUACGACCACGUCGAGAUGAAUUUAUACCUAAAUGGGAAGAACAUGAACUGCCCAGCAUCAGGCAUUCGAGGAACAGUCUUUCCUGUAGUAUAUGUGGACGACAGUGCGAUUUUGGAUUGUCAGUUUAGUGACUUCUACCAUCCACCCCCUCAAGGCUACCAAAAGAUUCUUUUUGAGCAGCAGAUCUUCUGAUCCUCAUGCGACUCUGAGCACAUCAGCUUUCCAGACAGCAGUCAUCGUGUCUAAUUCCCACUACUAUACCUCUGGGGAAGUCCGGCUUUUGAAAUGACAUGCUCGUGAUUACAUGGUUGACGCUUUACUCUGCCAGUUCAAAAGUGCAUCUGACCAGUGUUAUAUCUUCAGUAAUUUUUUCGAUUCCUGUUCACAGUCAGAAUGCUUCAACCCUGCCUUGUUUUCUGUAUUAAAAAAAAUUAUUAUAAGGACUGUUUAUUUGUGCGUCUGCACAGAAAUCCUCCAAAUUCUCUUUGCACUUUGUUUUGGGUUACAAAUAAUGUGCUGCUUAAAAAAAAAAUCCAAUACAUUUAAACAAUAAUCUAACCUGAUUCUAUUAUUAAGGAUCCUCUUUCUAUAAAUGAGUUAAAUCAAAGUCAACUGACAAUGACAUAUUAUAACGGACCUAAAGUAAAACGUGAAUAUUUGCAAUGUUAGAGAAAUUUCCAAUUAUGGAAUAAGAUUUUGUGACUAUUUAUGUGUUCUUGAAUCUUUUUAAGCAAAAAUCUCUGUACUGCAUUAGUAUAAAACAAGCAAUGUCUUAAUUUUAAAUUUUGUUUUACAUGUGCUUAUACAGAAGUGACAAACAUAUGGUUUUACCAAAUAUCAUAAGACAGUACUAUCGGUUAAUUCACUACGUUUUGUUUAAUAUUUGUCUUUCUUUUUAUGUCUUCAUAGAUUUGCUUGACUAAUGCAACUAACAUAAUGUAAUAAACAAGAUGUAAAAGGUUGCAGGUUUUAAGUUAUUCUGUAUUUUUUCUUUUUGUGAAACAUUUUAUUUUAAGGUUCCCCUCAGAUACACUGUGCACUGAUUAGGCAGGGGAUGUUUGUGUGAUAUGUUAGUAUAGUAAUAAAAAAUAUAUAUACAGUA